CGCCACACAGCGGGCGGCGGGGAGGGUUUUGCGGCCCAAGCCCACAACCCUUUUCGGCCUCGCGCCCUAUGUAAAGCUGGUGGCUGCAGCGGCAGGAGCUAGCGAGCCUGCUCGGUCGCCAGAUAGGCCCCGCUCCGACCCUCGUUCUGUCGCGCGGUGGGGGACCGGCGCGCACGCGCACACUCCUGCGCGCCCCGCCCCCGCGCGCGCGCUGCCGCGUCCCUCGACCCCCGGCCGCGCGCCUCCGGGAACUGAGGGAGCAUGCGAGACUACGACGAGGUGACCGCCUUCCUGGGCGAGUGGGGGCCCUUCCAGCGCCUCAUCUUCUUCCUGCUCAGCGCCAGUAUCAUCCCCAAUGGCUUCAAUGGUAUGUCAGUCGUGUUCCUUGCUGCGACCCCAGAGCACCGCUGCCGGGUGCCGGACACCGCGAACCUGAGCAGCGCGUGGCGCAACCACAGUAUCCCGCUGCGGCUGCAGGACGGCCGCGAGGUGCCGCACAGCUGCCGGCGCUACCGGCUCGAGGCGAUCGCCAACUUCUCGGCGCUCGGGCUGGAGCCGGGGCGCGACGUGGACCUGGAGCAGCUGGAGCAGGAGAGCUGUCUGGAUGGCUGGGAGUUCAGCCAGGACGUCUAUCUGUCCACCAUCGUGACCGAGUGGGACCUGGUGUGUGCGGAUGACUGGAAGGCCCCGCUCACGAUCUCCUUGUUUUUUGUUGGUGUGCUGCUGGGCUCCUUCAUUUCGGGGCAGCUCUCAGACAGGUUUGGUCGGAAGAACGUGCUGUUCGUGACCAUGGGCAUGCAGACAGGCUUCAGCUUCCUGCAGGUCUUCUCCAAGAACUUCGAGAUGUUUACCGUGCUGUUUGUCCUUGUAGGCAUGGGUCAGAUCUCCAACUACGUGGCAGCAUUUGUCCUGGGAACAGAAAUUCUUGGCAAGUCAGUUCGUAUUAUAUUCUCCACGUUAGGAGUGUGCAUAUUUUAUGCAUUCGGCUACAUGCUGCUGCCACUGUUUGCUUACUUCAUCAGAGACUGGCGGAUGCUGCUGUUGGCGCUGACGGUGCCGGGGGUGCUGUGUGUGGUGCUCUGGUGGUUCAUCCCUGAGUCCCCCCGAUGGCUCAUCUCUCAGGGACGAUUUGAAGAGGCAGAGGCGAUCAUCCACAGGGCUGCCAAAAUCAACAGAAUUGUUGCACCCUCCAACAUCUUUGAACCAAGUGAGCUACAAGACCUAAGUUCCAAGAAGCAGCAGCCCCACAGCAUUCUGGAUCUGCUCCGAACCCGGAAUAUCCGAACAGUCACCAUCAUGUCCAUAAUCCUGUGGAUGACCAUAUCAGUGGGCUACUUUGGGCUCUCCCUUGACACACCUAACUUACAUGGCGACAUCUACGUGAACUGCUUACUUUCAGCGGUGGUUGAGGUCCCGGCAUACACGUUGGCCUGGCUGCUGCUGCGGUACCUGCCCCGGCGCUAUUCCAUGGCCACCGCCCUCUUCCUGGGCGGCGGCGUUCUCCUCUUCGUGCAGCUGGUACCCUCAGACUUGUAUUAUUUGGCCACAGCCCUGGUGAUGGUGGGCAAGUUUGGAGUGACUGCGGCCUUUUCCAUGGUCUACGUGUACACAGCCGAGCUGUACCCCACAGUGGUCAGAAACAUGGGCGUAGGGGUCAGCUCCACGGCCUCCCGGCUGGGCAGCAUCCUAUCUCCCUACUUCAUUUACCUUGGUGCCUACGACCGCUUCUUGCCCUACAUUCUGAUGGGCAGCCUGACCAUCCUGACAGCCAUCCUCACCUUGUUCCUCCCAGAGAGCUUUGGCACCCCUCUCCCAGACACCAUUGACCAGAUGCUGCGGGUCAAAGGAAUAAAAUACAGGCAAACGCCAAGCCACACAAGGAUGUUAAAAGACGGUGAAGAAAACCCCACAGUCCUUAAAAGCACAGCCUUCUAACAACCUCCAGUGAGUGAGAAAGUGAAGAGGAAAGACCACUGGAAAUGGCUCAUGCAGACAGUGAGUCCUUCAGUGGCAAAGGUCUUUGCUGUUCAUUCUGUAGACCCUGUGUCUGACUUGCUCACAGAUGGGCCCCUGGACUCAGAGGCUGCAUGUGGUUCUAGGGCACCACCUUUCCUCCAAGGACACCGUGGCUACUGACAGACAACUUUAGAGAAGUCCUAACUAAUACAGUGAUGGACUGGGCACUUUCUAAGAAGUUGAAUGUUCACGAGAACCAGUGGGAUUUGGAAGAAUACGAGAGGCAUCUGCUAAAUAUACAUUUUAAUUUCAGACAUCCCUGAAAGGGCCUCUGAUAAAACCAGAGGUCUGAUCCCAUCCCCAGAUCUUUUCCCCCUGAGACUCCAAUGGUACACAUAGAGGGAAAGAAAUCAUGUCACAGAGAGUUUGAUUUCUCACACUUUUUUAGUUACAAAGGUUAUUAGCUGGGAUUGUUGCUUUCCCAGAGCAGGAGAGCCCAGGUGUGGGGACACCCGAAGGUAAUGAACAUGGAGGGGACAGAGCAGGUACAGAGCACAAGCAAGUGCAUUGACCUGUGGGCUCUUAGACCACUUGGUGUGACUACUGAGUAGACUCGUUUACAUCUGAUCAAAGCACUGGGCUUAUCCAGGCCCAUAACAAACACUUCAUUGAACUACUAUUCUUGUUUCCAUGCCAUGUCAAUCAAACCUAGCUAUCAUGGUUUCAAUGUAUGGUUUGAAGGAAAUGUGUCAGUGAGAAAGAGAGACAAGCAAACUUGUCUCUUCUGUCAAAACUAUAAUGUGGAUUUUGUGUUUUGUUCGUUGCUUGUUUUCUGUCUCUUUCUCCUUAAGUUAUUUGCCCUUCACAAUAGACUUAGGAAAGGCUGGUUCCUUAGCUUCCUGGUUUGUGUCUUUUUUUUUCCAACCCAGAAGCACUCUGGCACUGGUCUGCAGUUGCUGCUUAUGCAAGGACUUACCAGCCUCAGCCACUAGCACUUCUCUGAGUGCCAAAACUGACAUUACUGUAUCUGUUCCUUUUGUGGUACCUAAUCAUGGAAAAAAAUUACAAAGAAGAAAGUUAAGUCAUGUUCAGUCUUUCAGAGUUGCUCACUUCAGACAUGUGACAUGGAGAUAUUUUGUGUUCAGUGUAAUUGUCUUCUCUUUUCAGAUUGUUACCAUGGUACUCCUAAAGCAUAUGCUUCACCUGGUUAAAAAAACCAUUAUUUUUCAGAAAGCUACUAAUGUGCCUUGGGAAAUUAACAUGUUUUACUAAAUAAAAUGAUUUUUUAAAUAAUA